ACAUCAAACAUCGCUGAGAUCAGCAUCAGGAAAGUAGUGCGCUGGUAGGGUCGUUUUUCGAUGCACAGACUGAAUGAGUAGAAAGAAAAUCAAUUAAUUUCAUGAAAGAGAUACACAUACAUCGCCAUCCAAUUCGAAAUCGUUGCACAGCAAAAUGUCGACUAUCUUCUCAGCGCAUCACUUGCAACUUAUUAUCUUCAUCAACAAUCCAAAAAAAUCAAAAAAAAAUUGCUAAGUAGUUAGUUGCUCAGCAACAAUUUAAGAGCAAGGGGCCCACGCUACCUGUACAGUUCGUUGAAGUCUAAGAAGGGGAGCCAUAUUUCGUCGCGUGAAGUGACGAUUCUGGGGGAGGAGAAAGGGGAGCGUCCCUAAAUCCACUCAUGACAGUACAAACAUGAACAUGAUCGGAAGGAUGGAUGGAGCCUCUUACCCAUUUGACUCAAGAACUAUUCCAUUGACUGAAUAAAUGUUUUUGUUUACCACGAAUAAGAGCCAGACUUUGUUCCACUCUCAGUGACACGAAUGCAUAAUCCAAUCCCUCCAGCAUCUCUUUCUUCAAUCUCUCCAGAAUAGCUCCAGGAAAACGGUGAGGCUGCUUCAGCUUCAAGAACUUGGCCAGAAAUUUCGGC